UCCCGCGGGCCGCCUCGGCCGCCGGUGCCGGUGCCGCCAGGCCGGGAGCCAUGGCCGGCGCCGAGCGGAAGAAGCACGUCCGCUUCGCCGCGCCGGGGGAGGCGGCGGCGGCGGCGGCAGGGCCGCGGGUCCCCGCCGCGCCGCACACGGAGGUGGCGGUGGCCGGCGGCGGCUGGCGGUGCGGGGCCGGGGCCGGGGCCGCGCUGCGGUGGUGCAUCUCCGGGGCGCUCUGCGCGGCCUUCCUGGGGCUGGGGAUGAGCAUCGCGGUGCUGGGGCCCACCUUCCCGAACCUGGCCGCCAACGUCCACAAGAACGUCAGCGACAUCUACUACAUCUUCGUGGGCCGGUCCCUGGGCUACCUGGGGGGGUCGGUGCUCGGGGGGGUGCUCUUCGACUGCAUGAACGCCCACCUCCUCCUGGCAUUAUCCAUGUUUGGAACAACGGUUGGUCUCUAUGGGAUACCUUGGUGUAAGAAAUCCCUGCUGUUAACCGUCUUGAUGUCAGUUAUUGGAGCUUCCAUGGGAAUUCUAGACACAGGUGGCAAUGUACUGGCACUGAAUACCUGGGGAGCAGAGGCUGGGCCCCACAUGCAGGCCUUGCACUUCAGUUUUGCUGUCGGCGCGUUUGUGGCUCCGAUCCUGGCUAAAAUGGCCUUGGGAGGCUCUGGCUCCGAGGACCCCCCAGGAGCUGAAAAGACAAACCAGUCUGUCCCGAGGUCUGUGCCGACGGCGUCGGCUGCGUCAGCUGCCUCAGCGCUGAGACACCGACUCGGUGCUGACUUUUUGUGGUCCUACGUCGUCAUCGGGACCUAUCUGCUGUUAGUCUCUUCCUUCUUUCUGGUUUUGUAUUCGAAGGGCAGCUCCGCUCGAGACAAGGCCAAGGCUUCGCUGCAGAAGUGCGUGUUUGCCAAAUACCACUACGCUCUUAUUUUUCUCCUGUUCGUAUUCUUCUUCUGCUACGUGGGAGCGGAAGUCACUUACGGCUCCUACAUAUUUACCUACGCGAAGGUCUUUGCCGAGAUGAAAGAAAACGAAGCGGCCGCUUUGAAUUCUGUCUUCUGGGGCGCGUUUGCGGCGUGCCGGGGCGCGGCGAUAUUCUGUGCCGCCUGCCUGUACCCCGGCACCAUGAUCCUGCUGAGUGUCGCGGGCUCUGCCGCCUCCUCCUCCUGCUUGGCCGCCUUCACGCGGCGCCCGGCCUGGCUGUGGGCCGGCACCGCGGCGUACGGGGCGUCCAUGGCCACCGUCUUCCCCAGCGGCAUUUCCUGGGUGGAGCAGUACACGGUCGUGCACGGCAAGGCGGCUUCGCUCUUUGUGGUGGGCGCGGCGCUGGGCGAGAUGUGCAUCCCUGCCGUGGUGGGGUAUCUGCAGGGAAGGUUCCGCCACGCUCCCGUGGUGAUGUACACCGCCCUGGGCACCUCUGCCGUGACCGCCGUCCUCUUCCCCCUGAUGUACAGGCUGGCCAACGCCCCCGGUGAGAGCCGCUCGGAAGGAGCGGGUGAGAGCGAGGACCGGAAAGCUUUGCUGUCGAACCCGGGGCUCACUGAGGACGAGGAGGACGAGGAGGAGUGGAACGAAGCAGACUUUGAGGUCAUAGAAAUGAAUGACACGCUGAAAAACUCUGUGAUCGAGACCUCCCGUAAGAUAGCAGGGGACUCUCCAGCCAGAGUCUCUCUCCAGCCCCACCUGGACGAUGUAUUUUGUGAUUCUCCAGCGGUGGCCGGGGGCUCCCCUGGGAGAAAAAAUGUGAAUGUCGAUCGGGAGAAGAACGAUUAAAGUAAAAGCUGACUUUUUUUAAAAAAAAAAAAAAAGAAAAAAGACAAAAAACAAAACGGAAAUGCGAUGGAAUUGUAGCUGUUCUUGUCAGGUGGCUGGAGAAUCCGCCUGCCGCGGCGCAGAGCUCGGCGUGUUCGUCUCCGCGUUUGUCUGGCCCUUGCUUCCCUCUCACUUCCAGGCUGCAGUGAGGUGUCCUGGCGGGGGAGGGUCCGCCGUGACGUGCAUGGGCUGGGGUGGUGGAAUGUGCAGACGAUACACAAGGGACGUUUGCUAAACGGGAGGCACGCCUGUACGUAACGUUUGCUGUAAGGAACUAACUAGGAAAGAAGGGGCCUGCUCAGAGCACUCACAUUUUUGGGGCAGGUGGAAGGUGCAGUUCCGAGGUGCCUGGUCACAAAUGUUUCCAUGAGAGAGGAGAGAAAUCUUAUCUGUGACGCUGAGCUUUCUUAUCUCUUGAAAGAGGAAUGUUUCUGCUGUGUUGAACAUUCGUGUGUGACGUAAACCAGGAAAUCAAGUCAAAUUGCAGGUGAUGCCCAGCAGUUCUAAGUCGGAUAACCUAUUGGCAAACUAUGUAAUUUGCUGGUUCUGCCACUAAGAAAAGAAAAAACCUCAAUUUUUAGGAGUAGAACCAUGCCUUUGGGUCAAUUGAGGGAAGUGGAAUGUGGGAAGUGGGACAAAAUGGGUCGUAUUAAUCUGCUGGAAUGCUUACUUCAGAUUUCCUAGUUAGACUGUGGUGACCGAUCGAAGUAGUCUAAAGUACUUGUGAUGUUAAUUACUGCUCUACCACUGAAAUCAACAAAAGUAUGAGGGAGGUGAUAAAAUUCAAUACAAGGAUUACUUAAUAUAUGGUACUGACAGAGGGAUGUGAUAUUUCUAAGUUUGGGGUUUGUUUGCUGGGGGGUGACUCUCCCCAGCGGGGGUUUGUGUCUGUGGGCUCGUUGCUGCGAAGCGGGGAGGGGCUGGUCAGGGCCUCCCCACUAAGGGCAAAAAAAGCAGCAGCUGAUGGCAGAGCUCUGUUUGCCUCCUUGAAGCUCCAGAUGUGUAGGUUUUUUUCUAAGGCUGCGAGAUCGGCACCUGCUCGUGUUUGGGGGUUUUUCCCUUUGCACUUUUAUUAGUAUUUUUCUGGCUAAGAGUUUAAUUUACUAACAAACACAAGAGCUCGAGAUGUAACAUUGCACAGAACCUCAGAUGUUCAGUGUAUUUGCAGGUCUGGUUUUGUUCCCUCUCCUGUCCUCUGAGUGUGCAAUCUAGGACCUCAUGGCUUUUUCCUUUCUUCUGAGUAGUGAGAUGCAGGAAUCCAACUGUAGUGAAAAUGCACCUUUUUUUGCAUCCUGCCAUGUCGAAGGGCCUCCCCCUCCCUCUGCUGUUGGCACUUCUGUGCCACUGAGCUUUCACCUGACUCCUUUUUUUUCUUUUUCUGGUGUGUAUGUGCACUUCCGUGGCACCUUUUCCAGUGCAAUGCAUGAACCUGCACUUUAAAAUACGGCCUCGUUCCACUUGCCACACAAGGGUUCUCCCCUUUGCUUAAAGUAAUGCUAAAUGCUUGUAAGCACCAGGCCAAAUCCUCCUCUCGGUGCCUGCGACAGCACCUGAGCAGCAGGAGGGAGCCCGCAGGGCCCUGGGCCGUGCGGUAACAAGUGCAGCCCUGCGGCACGAGGCGGUGGUGUAAACGGGCCCGGGUGUAAGCUGCAUUUCGUCAGCUCCCCUUUCCCCCUUCUGCCCCCGCGCUACAGCAGCGCCUUGGCGUGUGUGCGGAAAGCAGGCGGUGCGUGAGGCGGCGGGGCAGGUCCUGCCGGUGGACGGGGAGAGGCGGCGGUAGCUGCUUUCGCGGGGGCUCCCGGCCCCCGGGGAGGUCACCGGUUUCCUUUGGCAGAGACGGGGUUUGGUGCAGGACAAAGGGCAGAGUUGCAGCUCCCGGCUGCGCCGAGGCCCCGCGGCCUCACCGGAGCUGCCGCUGAGGCGAAACGUCUCCCCAGGCCUGAGAUGGUGGUGCCCGACGAAAGUUAGUGCACGAACCGCACCAGGCAACCAGGGAGUUUUAGAAUAAUCCCCAGUUCAGAGGCUGACUUUUGCAAUGAAAUUCCAAAUUGGAGUGUCCUGCGUGUCAGAUUGUUCUCAGGGAUAUCUAACCUGUCUUGCAUAAUAAAAACCCGAAGAUGACAGUAAAGCCACACUGGGAGAUGUGCUCUAGCCUCUUUGAACCUUAUCUGCGUACGGCUUAUCUGGACAGAGCUCUUUGCGUUUCUGAUCGAUGUCUUCCCAACACAUGUGAAAAUACUGUGUGCAAAGACUUUGUUUUGUUUUGUUUUUUUUUUUUUUUUUACUGGCUGCAUUAAUUCCUGCACGAGCCACUUGAAUUCAUCCCCAUUUUCCCCCUUUGGAGGAGGUGGCCCGAGCAAGAGCCUGGGCCGCGGGGGCGAGCGUCGCCCGUCAGGGGAGACGGGGUGGAACACGGGGGCCGGGGCCUGGGGGGGCCUGGAGCCCCGCUCCGCGCACCGGGAGCCUCCCCCGGCUUGGGUCUGGGCCCAGGCUGGCUGGGCAGGACACCCGCCGAGCCUGUUCUCCCUCCUCGGGCACUGAAAGCAUGCUCCCAAGAGCAGGGGCUGCCCUUUGAUGGAAACGGACCGUUUAAAGCAAUUCCAGAUGAAAACAGACCUAGGGCAUUUCCAGCGAGGAGGAGUCCAGCUCACAGCAGUUCUGGACAUCCUUCGCGGUCGAGGCUGCGGCUUCCUUACUUCUUGGAUUUCGGUGUUCCUCCAAGCUUGUUUUUAGACAAAUGAAUGUUAGUUCUUACAUGUUUAAAUUUCCUUCCAAAGUAAACUGCUUCCUGGCAUACGCAGUUACAGUGAGGAUCUAUUUACAGUGCCUUUUAAGUUACGGAUCCUCCAGAAAGCUUCAACACUUAAACUUACACGUUAGGGGUAGAAAUUACUUGAAGUAAACUGUAUUACUUUACCAUUGCCUUGCAUGCUAGAAAAGUCGUCUCGGUGUUGAGGAUGAGCACUGUGGUGCAUGGAUCAAUUAGGUACCUGAAUUUACGAGGAAUCGUGGUUUUGUCCAUAAAGCCAGGACUGAGUUCAAGAUGAGCACUUGCCCACUGACUCGUGUUCAAGGUAACCUCUCGCACUUAAAUGCCAUUCAAUAUUUUCCUUUCGGCCCCCAAAGCACUGCCAGCUGCUGGAUUGUAUGGCAAGCACAAACACGUUAGUCCUGGCCUUUGCACUUUGGUGCCGUACCCGACCGACGCUCGGCUGCAGGAUUAGGCAGAGUCGUGUGCCUUGAUGGGUGUUUUCAGUUAUUUCGCAUCAAAGCGCAUCGCAAUCUGUGGGUGUUCUAUUACAUAUUUAAUAGCUUUUAUUCUGCUUGGUGUGGGUUUACAGUGUACGGUAUAAUGUGAAAUUGAAUAGACUGACUUGUAUCUUGAAUGUAAUAAAUUCUGACCUGGAGAAGGCACUCAGGUUCCCUGAUGUAAAUAAAGUUUCGUUCUAUUUUUCAAAGCUA